AUGGCGCCGGCGACUGGAGUGGCCACCGCAGCCCCUCGCGGCGCCGGAGGUCACCGGCGCAACACCGACGAGCCUUCCUCGUCCGAAGAAGACGCGAUGACGACGGGGUCCGGGCGAGCACCCUCUGGCGCGGCGCUGGCGAGGCCGAGCCGUCUCCUGCUGAGGCGUGGCGGUGGCGUCAGCGCCCUCCAUGCCGGCUCCAAGGCGGACCACUCCGGAGGCACCGGUCGGCGCGGAGACGAAGGCGAGCGCCUCCUCUCGUUCACGACGGCGCGCAUCGGCACAGGGCAGUAUCCGGGCGGGCCGGCGGCCUCGGCUGCGGGCGUUGGCGUCGACGGCGCGAGCCACGCGGCCGGCGGAGGAGGUGGUGGAGGCGGAGAUCCAGGAGGCGGUGCAGGCACGGCUGCAGCCCUGUGCACCAUGGGGGCGCUCGGGCUGGCCACUAGCCAGGGGUCGAACCCCAUGGGCGCCUGGCCACGGGCGCAGGGAGCACCCGCGGGGGGCGCGUCCAGCGGCGCGGUGGCGGCCAGGAGCACCUCGUCCAGCGACGCGGUGGCGGCCAGGAGCGCCACGUCCAGCGGCGCCGCGGCCGAAUCGAUGGAUGGCUUGCAUCCGGCGACGGAAACGGCGGUGGCCACCAACUCCAUGGCGGCGAAGGGCAAUGAGGCGGUAGCGGCGACCGUCCUCGCGGAUCAGACGGAGGAAGAAGGAGACAAGGCCUGUCAUCUCACCGGCGGCGAGUACUUCCUCUCUUCUCCUUUCUCUGUUGCCUUUCGCUCUCGCUGGCUGUUCUACGUGCUGAUAACGUGUUUUGAAUCGAAAGUGAUUGAUCCUUUGUCAAUGGUUACAGAGAGAUUAAGGUGA